AUGUGGUUGCCCGAUCAACCGGAUGAUCUGCCCACUCCGCCAUUUCGCAAACUCGCAGUCUCCAAAGAUUCAUCGCCCCUCCCACUCCUCCUCAAUUCCAACGUCGUUUCUACCAGACCACCGUUCUCAAUUCCCUUCAAUUCCCCCCGACGACGAAGAACAAAAAAGUUCCAUCACAAUGGUGAGUUAAAGGCCAGUUCAUCCGUAUUGAUUCAACUCAGAAGGAAUCAACAUUAG